GAACGUUUCCAAAAUUCCGUGACCCGGAAGUGAUUGGUUAGUGUCGUGGUAAAGAACCUGAAACAGACCAAGCCAGUUGAAUAAUGUCGUUAUUUCAUUUCUCUCAGUCAUGCAUGGAUUUUUACUAGUUCCGUUUUGUCUGUCGACUUGUUGCAGUCGUCAUCAUCGCUAUGAUACCUGAUAGUUACGGCGAAAUCUCGUAGCUAACCGAUUGCUAGCUAGCUUAGCUAACGUUAGCUUGUUAUCUGGAUGUAAACAAAGCUAGCUACCGUUAAUUGAGUUGACAUAAGUUACAACGUAGAGGUACUUCCGAACAUAAGAUAGCUAGCUAGCUUAGCUAAAUUCUUAAAAUUUCAGGCAGUCAACUGCAUUUGUGUAGCGAGCGACUGUAGCUAAUUGGGGUUGCAGGCCUCUGAGAAUAAACUAACGGUAACAAGCUAGCUACAGUAGCUAGCCAUCGAACAGCUGUCAAAAUGGAUAAAGCGGAAUCAGAUCGUUUGAUAGAGAAAGCAAAGCUGUGCUUGCGGUCAGGGCGGAGAGAAAAAGCCCUUCAACUGUUGUAUGAAGCCCAGAAAAUAUUUCCCAGCACUCGGGCCAGAGUGCUGAUUGAUGCCAUAGUGAGGAACGGGAGCUCUGCUGCUCCAGAGGAGCCCCACAUACCCCCGCCGCGUGGCUUUCGAUCCAAUGACGAGGGCGGGGAUCGAGAGGAAGCAUGCAACGAGGAGAAGAAGACCUACACAGAGGAUCAGCGUCAGGGUGUUCUCAGGAUAAAGAAAUGCAAGGACUUCUAUGAGAUCCUUGGCGUUCCCAAAGACUCUAGUGAUGAAGAUCUGAAGAAGGCAUACAGGAAGCUGGCACUGAAGUUCCACCCUGACAAGAACUGUGCCCCGGGAGCCACAGAUGCAUUUAAAGCCAUAGGCAAUGCGUAUGCAGUGCUGAGCAAUGCUGAGCAGCGUCAUAAGUAUGACCAGUACGGAGAGCAGGCUCCCUCUGAGGGCAGCGCUCACGCUCGCCAUGGACACUACCGCAACUUCAACAGGGACUUUGAGGCUGACAUCUCCCCUGAAGAACUUUUCAACAUCUUCUUUGGAGGAAGAUUUCCCACAGGCAACAUCCAUGUGUACACAAACCGAGGAGCCACCUACUCUAACUUCUACCAGCCUCGUCGGCGACGUGCAUAUGAGAGGCGCGAGGAGGAGGUGGAGGAGAACCGCAGUCCGCAGAACACCUUCACAGCCUUCCUGCAGCUUCUUCCUGUUCUGGUGCUGAUCCUCAUAUCUGUUGUGACCCAACUGAUGGCCACCAACCCUCCCUACAGUCUCUUCUACAAACCGGCCAUGGGCCUGGUGGUCUCCCGGGAGACCCAGAAUAUGGGUGUGCCCUACUAUGUGGACAAGGGCUUCCAGAAGGAGUACCAUGGGGAGUCCCUGGAGGAGCUGGAGAAGACCAUAGAGAGUGACUACAUUGAACACCUGCAGAGCACCUGCUGGAAGGAGAAACAGCAGAAGUCGGACUUGGCGAACCUUGCACAACUGUACCGUGAUGACAGACUGAAGGCGAAGGCUGAGUCUCUGAAGCUGGACAACUGUGACAAGCUGUACCGCUUUGUGGGCCGGCAGAGAGGAGAAUGAGGGGCUUAGACAGGAGGAGAGGGAGGCAUCUCUUUCCAGCUGGGAAUUCUACACUUUACUCAUUUAAUAUUGUUUAUUUAUUUUAUUUAUUUAAUCGGGUCACUUUUUUGAAGAAUUGUCUCUUCUCUCUGGUUAGAGCACAGUAGCAGCCAAAGCCGUUUUGAAUUGAAACAUUGUGCCGCCUCCUCUCGGAUUGAAGAAAGUGGAGGCGCAUAUACUGUAAGCUGCCAACCCUGGCUCUGUGUAGAUAACAUGAAGCCCAGCCUGGCUGGCUCUGGGAUUGUUGUAUUGAUGUACGGGAGCCUUGUUUCUACUUCCUUACAUUAAGGAAUAUGGGCUUGCUUACAAGGUUUGAGAAUAUGGUUCUGUUCACAUGUACACUUUCUGUUAGUCACCUAUUUGAAGCAUGUUUAGCAUUGGUGGUUACUCAUUUAUUUUGAUCUUGGUUUCUGUGGCGUGAGUUAAAUUGGAGUAUAUUGAGUAGGUCUUGGGAAAGAACAUAGCUAGAGCAGUGAGUUAAUUUUUAAUUGGAAAUAACGUUUUAAUUGUGAAGAAAGAAGGCAAGGACCUGAAAGCCACUAACUUCUAGAAAAGGUUCAGAUAGAGAGGCAAACGACGUGAGAUUCUAUUUGAAAAGACAGAUCUAUAUUGUCUUAAACCGUGAAGGAAAAUGUGUAGAUUUGCCGUGCUGUUUAGAGAAACAAAGCAUGGCAAGAGCUAUAUAUCUCUAGCAUAUUAGAUCCACUUACAAUUUAACUGCGGAUGUCUGUUUUAUGUGAAGACUGAUGCAUUGAUCUGUUUUUAUUUGAUUUUGCUGUGCAUUAAGACUUUGCCAAACAGCGUUGCUGUAGUUGUAUUUAUUGUCCAUUGGUCAUUUUGGUUCAUUCGAGCACAUUUUGAUGCUGUUUUAUUUUGAACCUGCCACCCUACGUCCCUGAUGCAUGCAUAUUUUAUCCAUGUCCUUGUGUUAAACAUCAGGUGCUCAGUCAACAGCUACACUGUAAAAGACUAUUGAGCAAUCCACACAUCCUCCCUAUUCAUGUAAUCGACUUACUUUACUAAGAUCCUUUAAACAUGUUUAGGUUUUGUUCAGUAAUAAUUUAAAUCUUCUAACGCUUGACCUUCCUUUAGUCAGAUCAUAAAUCCAGCAGACGGAGGGUUAACAGCCACACUAAUGACUAGUGGCAGACCAGCAGGAUGGGGAUGGGGCAGUAAUGGAUUACAGAAUAGACCUGAUGCUAACUGGAGACCCAGUGGCCUCUUGGCUAAACUCUGGUGUCCAGUUGAUUUGUGCUGCCAGAGCAGGUUUUCAAGCUGGUUUAAUAAAAUGUUAAAAAAUC